AUGCAAAGAAGAAUAAAAAAGGAUAAUAAUAAUCUAAAUUGGGAAUCACAAAUCAUUCACAAGAUUCUCAGGAAUGUUACUGUUGAUGUUCAGAGAAUGACGAUCUCUACUCAAGCAAUGCGAGUGGUCGUUUCAUUUGCUAGAGACCUCACAUUGAAGAUAGUUCAUCGUGCCAAAGAGUUGAUGAUCAUUUCAAAGAAGAGAACACUACAAUUGAAAACAAUGGUAUCUGCUUCAAAGAUCGAGUUGUCUGGUUGUGGUGAACUUCAGAAACAAGGAAUACAAUUCGGUAUGAAUGCCGUCGAAUCAUUCCAGACAUCAAAGGAUGCACACAAAGACCGAUCGAUGAUACCAAUACCGAGACUACGUGCCAGCGUUAAGCAAACAGCACUGUUUUAUGCCAUCGGUAAGACAUCGAUCGUAUUCCUCGGUGGUCUCCUUGAUUAUCUACUUGCUGAGCUAUUGGAGUCCUCUUCAAAACUAGCAAAUGAAUUGAAGCAACUAAGAAUAUCUCCAAGACAUAUUAAUCUUAGUGUUGGAAAUGAUAAAGAUUUUCUCUAUCUAUUUAGAGAGAAAACUAUUGCUCAAGGUGGAGUUCUACCAAGUUGUAAUGUUUCCAAACAGUUCGCACCCCAAGCAUCACCAUUUGAGAGUUCCCAUGAUUCCCAAAAUUUUUAA